AAAAACACAUCUCGUCAUUGUUUAGUGCUACUCCCUAACUCUUCAAUAUAUAAGAAGACAGUCGCAACACGGAUGAUCAGAAAACUGCGAUACUUCUUCAUAAGUACAAAAAGACAACGUUAAACAUCUAUAAUAUUUCAACGCAUCUGUUAGAUAUUUUACCUGGCCCUACGAUGAAAACGGUUUUAAUUGUUGCUGCCCUUUUCGCUGGGAUUGAUCUUGUUUCCGGUGGAGCGUAUGACUAUCUUUGUGAUAAGACCGACUACGAAAACUCCGUUACCUUUUACAACCAUCCAACCGAUUGCAGCAAGUACGUGCAAUGUUGGCAAAAUUCCCUUGGUAAGCUUGAAAGUUUGGAGCGACAAUGUGGCUUCACAACGUACUGGAGUAUGUCCGACAUGACCUGCGUCCGUGCGUCCCUUGGGUAUUGCCAGAAUGAUUUAUGUCGUAACGUAAAUGACGGUGACCAUAGAAUGGCGGAGGGUAACUGUCGCGGAUAUUGGCAGUGUGAGCGUGGAAUUUCCGUCCCUAAGUGCUGUCCUUCAGGUCAACAUUAUAACUCAAGCUACGGCUGCGAGGAUAACAUCGAUGGAGAAUGUACCGAUGAUUGCUUAGGAAAAUACGUGGCUCCAGUUGUCAGCACCAACGACACCGAUAGUGGAAACACCACAGACACCAUGCAAGACUUAACAACUACCGAGGUUCCCAUAAUAUGCGACAAACAAGAAAUAGCGGGUAAACCGUCCAGUUAUAAUUGGAAUGUGAAUAGUUGGUCGUACCAAAUGGAUUGUCCUUCUGGUACUGUUUUUGUACAGAAAGAAUGUUCAUGCUUAAGCUCCGAAAAAGCAGCGCUAACAUGCAGGCCAGAGCUUCUUUUGACCUUUACCAAUGGACUCAUGGAUGCCUCAAGAAACAAAUUGGAAGUCAGAAACGUUAGCGUAAUGGUAGAAAACGGAGAAGCAGUUUUUGAUGGAGUCAAGAGUCAGCUGGUUAUUCCAUUUUUCACCAAUCUGGACAUCAAGGAUACGCUUAUUGUUCGAAUGAAGUACACUUCCGACCACACGGAGAUACUAGAAGGCGAAACAAGGGCCCUCUUUUCCAACUUUGAUUGCAGCGUCGAGCCAUCUAUUCAGAUGACUGAAAACAGCCAGAAUUUGACCGCGCUAGUCGGAACCUGGGAACAGUUCAGUGUGUCAGUGGAUGUUCCUCAGAAACCAUUGGCAGCGAACGAGACCGUCUCAGAGAAGAAUGUUGUGUACAAGUUCCACAAAAAUCAAUUAUCUCUAUCCGUAGGUUCAGAUAGUAAUAGCGUUGAAACUAAGCCGGGACAGCUAAGAAAAAUCCAGUGCGCCCUGCAUAUCGGUUAUGCAUCGGGUAUGAAGAACUUUAAGGGAAGAAUCGACGAGUUUGCAGUUUAUCAGUGUGACCCCGAGGCUUAACAUUUUGUUUGAAUAUGUGAUAUUUUUAAGUAUUACAUGUAUUUUAUUUAAAUUUUUCAGUUAUUUUAUGUGUUAAAAAUGUAUUUUGAUUAUUUUUGAAAUCGCAUAAUAUGUUGUGUGUUUAGAUGGAAAUCCAGCACAGUGGAUGUAUCUGUUUUGUCAGAAUGUUAUAACCACGUUUGAUGACUGUAUCAAUUUUCAACUCUACUCCUAAAUACAUUGUAUUCAGAUUAAGUAUUUGUCGACAUUUUUUUAAAGAUUACGCAGUAACACAUAAGUAUCACAGAUAUAAAUACAACUUGAGUGCAUUUGUAUAUUGAAUAAAGUAAUUUAUUUUA